GCGGGGCGGCCCGGCCCGGCUCGGCAGCGCCCUCCGCUCCCACCGGCCCCGCCACCGGCCCGGCCCCGACCCCGGCCCGGCUCGGUCCGGCGGGAGGCGACCGGGGGCGAUCAGGAUGCCCCAGGAGCGCGGCUCUGUCCCCAGCUCUGUCCCCAGCUCUGUCCCACCAUGUCGGUCUCCAAGCUGCAGGACACGGAUGAGGUUUUUGAUUUUACCGCUGUGGUUCCAGAGACGCCGCGUUUGGACAGCAGCCUGCACAAGGCCCGCGCCCGGCUCCUGGCCCGCGGCCGCCGCCAGCGGCCCUCGCGGUCCCGCCUGCGCGACAGCGCCAGCUCCACCGAGGGCGACGAGGGGCCCGAGGCCGCCGGCACUGAGGGCGAGGGCAGCCCCCCAACGCCCUCGCCCUUCUCCCGCACCGAGGGCUUCUCCUUCGAGCCGGGGGUGGCGCGGCCGGGCCUGGGGGACGCCCCGGCCCCCGCGCCCCCCCUCAGCCGCUACCGGCCCCUCACCAACACCCCGUCCCACGAGGGGCUGUGCGGCCCCUCCGCGCCCCAGUCCUGCCCCAGCUCCGACAGCUCCCCCGGCUUCGCCCGCCGAGACCCCCGGCCCCGGCAGCACAGCGAAGAUGACAGCCGGGACAUGAGCCCCCCCGAGCCCGCCAGCCCCACCGUGGGGCUCGAUAAGAAAACACGGAGGAAAUUCUUGGAUUUGGGGGUCACCCUGCGCCGGGCGUCCUCUGGGAGGAGCCGCAAGGAGAAGAGCAGCAACCGCCAGUCCAUGGGCAGCAGGGAGGCGGCGGAGGGGCCCGGCCGCCCCUCGGGGUCCCCGUUCCUGCCCUUCUCGUGGUUCUCGGACAGCGCCAGGGGCUCCGGCUCCCCGGGCUCCGCGUCCCCCGCGGGGUCCCCCCGGCACGAGCGGCUCAGCCCCGCAAAAUCCUCCCAGGACUCGACGCUGAGCGAGGAUUCGCCGCCGUCCAGCGCCAGCCCCCGCCUGCCCGGGCCCCCCAAGUGCUCGUACCCCUACCACACCCUGUCCCAGUCCUCGGACGAGCUGCUGGAGGAGCCGCCGGGCGCGGCCGCGGGCUGGACGUGCGGCCAGGUGGGGCAGUGGCUGCAGAGCCUCGGCCUGGAGCGCUACGGGCGGGACUUUGCGGAGCACGGCGUGGACGGAGCCCGCCUGCUGCACCUCGACGGGGCCAAGCUCAAGGCGCUGGGCGUGAGCAGCUCCCAGGACCGGGCGGUGCUCAAGCGGCGGCUGAAGGAGCUGAGCGCGGCGGCCGAGCGGGAGCGCAAGGCCCAGGAGAAGGCGGAGAAGCAGCGGGAGAAGCAGAAGAAGAAGGAGCAGGAGCAGCGGCGGAGCUGAACGGGGAGACCCCCGCACCCCCUCCCCAGCCGCAGCCCCCCGGGACACGCCGGGGGGACACCCCGGGACACCGAGGGAACACCCCGGGGGACAGCGGGGCCGCGC